UCUUUUCUUGUCGAUGAAAAAAAGAGUAUAAACACAAAAAACCUCUUUCUCCGUCCGUCCAUCCACCCACCGUCAUUCUCCACAUCCGGCCACCGCCGGAUCAUCAUCAUCAUGAGCCAUUCCACGACGGCUCCGGUGAAUUCAGCUUCCGUUGAUUCGCAAGAUUCAUCUGUUCCUCGUCGAAAUUCUAAACGACCUAAAUAUUCUAGGUUUACUCAGCAGGAACUUCCAGCUUGCAAACCUAUUCUUACACCUAGAUGGGUGAUUUCAGCAUUUAUGCUUGUGACAAUCGUUUUUGUACCGAUUGGACUGGCAUCUCUUUUCGCUUCCCAUGAUGUAGUUGAAAUCGUUGAUCGUUAUGACGAUCGUUGUGCGCCAACAGGUUCGAAAAGUGAUAAAGUUAGGUUUAUACAAUCUGAUGCUGACAAAACCUGCAAUAGAACCUUAAUUGUGCCAAAACAUAUGAAGCAGCCUAUUUAUAUUUACUAUCAGCUUGACAACUUCUAUCAGAAUCACCGAAGGUAUGUUAAGAGCCGAAGUGAUCAGCAAUUGAGGAGCCGAAGUGGUGAGAAUGAUGUAAGUACUUGUAAACCUGAAGAUUCUGUAAAUGGAUCGUCGAUUGUGCCUUGUGGGCUUGUAGCCUGGAGUAUGUUCAAUGAUACUUUCAGCUUCUCUGCUAACAACAAUCGGCAGUUACCUGUACAAAAGAAAGGCAUUUCAUGGAAAAGUGACAGAGAUAGUAAGUUUGGCAAAGAUGUCUUCCCCAAAAAUUUUCAAAAUAGCAAGCUUAUUGGUGGCGCACAUCUCAAUGAGUCUAUACCAUUAAGUGAGCAGGAAGAUCUUAUUGUGUGGAUGCGGACUGCUGCCUUGCCAACUUUUAGGAAGCUAUAUGGGAAGAUAGAGGUGGAUCUCCAGGCUGGUGAUACUAUAAAUGUGGUUAUGCAGAACAAUUAUAACACAUAUAGCUUUAAUGGCAAGAAGAAACUCGUGCUCUCAACCACAAGCUGGCUUGGUGGAAAGAACGACUUCAUUGGCAUUGCAUAUCUUGCUGUUGGUGGCUUGUGCUUCGUCUUGGCUAUGGCUUUCACUAUUAUAUAUCUGGUUAAGCCCAGGCGGCUUGGAGAUCCAUCUUAUCUGUCCUGGAACCGUAAUCCAGGUGGUCAUUGAUUUGUGCUAUAACUGGGUUGGAAGGACAUGUUUCCUGUUGUAUGUAUUUAACGUCUGAUUCUUUUGAGCCUUUGCUUAGUAGAUAUUAACUCCUUGAAUAUUAAUUUGUGGGCAAGACUUGAAAUGUAAAACUAUUUGCAGUUAUCUUAUUUUGUUGGAAACUUGGCCUUGUAGAGUUACUACUGACAUAUUGUAAUUUAAAAUUCUUGUACGUUUGGUGGUUUUCACUUUGGUUUGAUGUUUCAGGAGAUCGUAUUAUUUGAUUUAA